UUCUCCCCGUGGCCCUGUGAAAGAGCGCACCUUCAGCCUGUGGGAGUUGCACAUGGUGCUCUACCCACCGGUAGCGGAGGUGUGUGCAGUUUCUCGCGAGUCACGGUUACACAGCACUUUCAUAACGGGGACGGAUUUCUGCCAAGUCACCGUCCUGUGCAAAUAAGACCGCCCAGCAAUUUACAUUCAGAGAGGAAACGGCAACUGGACGCACUUUAGCUGCGAAAUGGGGACAGACAGCACUGCCGCUCGCACCUUGCUGGACAAGGCGGACACACUCAUCCUACAGACUGGGAACCUGCUAAACUGGGGAUGCCUGAAGAAGAAAUGCCCGACCACCCCCAGCGAAGAGGACAUCUCUCAAACUCUUGAAUGUACAGUUUCACAGGCAAUGGAAACCAUAAAUCUUGAUGAAAGGGAAGAAAUGAAGGUAUCAGUGAAAUUGUUUAUUGUGAGUCCCAGUCUUUCAUCAGUCACAGAAGCCAUAGAUAUGGCCUGUUCAACACUUGGAGUUGCCCAGAUAGAUUCAGUGAUUAUUGCUCCACCUCCUUUGGAAGAUGGAAGAAGUGUUUCUUUGGAGAAUUUACAGCCUUACUGGGAGGAGCUUGAAAGACUUGUUCGGGAUGCAAAAGUGGUUUCCAUAGGAACUUCCGACUUGGAUAAAGCACUUUUGGAACAGCUCUACCUCUGGUCACAGGUAAAGCCAGCCAGUAACCAAGUGAACCUUGCAUCAUGUUGUAUAAUGCCACCUGAUCUUACAGAGUUUGCAAAACAGUUUGACAUUCAGCUGCUAACACACAAUGACCCCAAAGAGCUCCUUUCUGAAGAAGACUUUCAAGAAGCCCUGAAAGAAUCUGUACCAGAAUGUCAUUUCAAUGCAUGGUCACCAAUCUGGAUUUUAAAAUACUCCGUCAUUGUGAAAACACGAGGCAUUAUUAAAUUAAAAGGAUACAUUUUGCAGGCUAAAAGGAAAGGUUCCCUUUAGUCCCUUAAAUCAAUAAACCACACUGACCUGGUCCUCAGACGCACAACUGUUUUGCGUGAAUAGUGGCAUUUAUCCACAAGACCAAAUUUGCCAAUUCAAUUGCAGUAUCUAAAUAUACAGAGAUUUGUUUACAAAGCAAGCUUAUUUAUGACAAGCCUGUAGUAUGGAUAUAGCAUGCUAUGCUAUUGUAGGAAGUGUGUAUUGUUUUAACGUGUCCUGCACUGAGCCAACAUUUAUAAAAUCUAUCGAUAAAAUCACUGUUUAAUGUUGGACGCUACUGAAAAUUUUCUUUAGACAUUUUGUUUUGCUAACACAGAAAGAUUUAAGUCUCAUGAAUCAGUACAGUAUAUAAUGUUUUGUAGGUCAUUUUUUAACUUCAGAGAUGAAUCGCAGUAUACCAAAACCAGGUCAUAACCUUUUGGAUGUCUAAAUUGUAUAAUGCGUUUAUACAGAAAUACACAUUUGCCUAUUUGUGGCACAGAAACUGUAGCAACAAGACAUACAAACAGCUUGCUAACACCGUUUGUAAACUUGUUGCACAUGCAACUGAAUCUUGACUACAUUUCCAUGACCAUUGUUUGAAAGGACAAAUGAUAGGGCUUGAUAGUAUACUAGGGGGCAAAAUUUUAGUAAUGGAAAUGACAGUAGGGCUAUGUGGGAGCUGUAGUUUAACAGGUUGCAGAACUACAAAAUGCAUAAGAUAAUUUAAAGAAUAUGGAUAAAUAGUAUUGAUUGAUAAUGCUGAGUGAUAUAUAAGACAUAUGGAACCCCCCUUAUUCAAAAAUAAAAUUAAAUAGUGUCUAAUCUUUAACAAGUUAGCCGCUUGUCUGGUGAACCUUAUAUAGACGUAUGUGUAGAUGUAAUCCUAAAAAGAUAUUGGAAAAUAAGCAGUUCGAAACAUAGUUAUAGAUUAGACCAGAAACUAGGUAUCCCUUCAGAUACUUUCAAUAGCUAAUGCCAGCAGUCAUAGUAAGUACUGCAACAUUGUAGCCAUAUCAGAUAGGGCUGAUUGACACAAAGGAAUAGUUGAUACUUUAUAUCACCCCAUCGCAAAUAGGGUAGGAUUAUUACACUAAGGAAUUGGUUGUAUAUAAUUCUCUUUUCCCUAGGGAAAUAGCAAAUCAGAUGAAAAUAUUCAUCGUGAUGCUUUCAUUGAGCCCCAUUGGACCCAAUGCAUUCAUUCUAAAAAUCCAUUCGCUUUCCUUAGAUAAUAGUGCCAUCUCAAUAUCGCCUCCUCUAAUCCCAAAAGAAACUCUCUGGAGACCCAUAACUCUAAGAUUUUUACUGGAGUUGUUAUGGCAUUCCAGAAAGUGGCGGCUAACCGGUGGCAAUUUCCUAUGACACUUUAGCCAAUCUGGUGCAUUUUCAAUGCUAGCCACAUGUUCCAAAAUGCGUUUUUUGAAAGAAUAUGUUGAAGUAAAUAUGGAUUACUCAGAAAUCAUUCCCAAACUUGGUCUAAAAGACUUAAAUUUUAUGGCUAUUCAGCAGGCAAGGACUCUAUUCUAAUAUGCAUGUGGCUACUAAAGCCGUUAGGAAUACCAGCAUAAUCUACAGAUACCACAGUUAAACUCUACUAAAGUUAGCUAAGUAUUAUACAUAUUCCAAAUCUAGUGCUAGUAUCUCUCGGGUUUUUUGACAAAGUUCAGCAAAGCUGAAAUCAAACCAUUCCCUAUACACAGUCCGCUUUGGGUAAAUAAUGCAACACAGUGGUAUUAAAGCUCUAUAUUUGCAUAAAGACUGUGCAUGGAAUUUUAAUGGCAUUACUGUUUGGAAAGUCUUUAAAUCGAGGGCCCUCAACUUUUAUAACCCAUAAGCUACAUUCAGAUAGAGAGUCUGGGAGCAACACAAGCUUGAAAUUAGUUCCAGGGGUGCCAAAUAAAGGCUGUGAUUGGCUAUUAAUAGCCCCUAUGUGGACUGGCAGCUGACUUGAGGCUCUGUUUGGCAAUAAACCUGUUUUUAUGCACCAAAACUUGUCUCUGAGCAAAGAAUUCAAAAAUAAGCACCUGCCUUGAGACCACUGGGAGCAACAUGUUACUCACAAUCCAUUAGUUGUAGAACCCUACUUUAAAUGAUAACUAGACAACCCCAUUCAAAGAAAAUUAUGAUCUACGUGAGUGUAGUUGCAGAUUUCUCUUUCAUGAGAAUGUGGUUAUAAUUCUUUGUAAUUCUAUUAAAGAUGAAAAUGUUAAAAUGCUCAA